AUGAUUGGUGUUUCUACUGUCUCUUAUAGGUUCAGCAUCAAUGGUGAGCCUUCCAAUCUUAUGCUGGCAAAAAGAGGAAUAAGGCAAGGGGAUCCCAUCUCCCCUUACCUUUUUGUGUUGGUCAUGGAAUAUAUGAGUAGGCUCCUUCAAAAAAUGCAGCUUAACCAUAAUUUGAACCACCAUUCACGAUGUGCAAAGCUGGAUUUAACUCACCUUACCUUUGCUGAUGACAUCUUACUUUUUGCUAGGGGAGAAAGGAGUUCUGUUGAUAUGAUGAUACAAACUAUGAACACCUUCUAUAAGUCCAUAGAAUUGGGAAUGAAUCCAGCAAAGUGUAAUGUCUAUUUUGGUGCUGUUGAAGAGGAGGUGAAGCAGAGUAUUCUUGAAAGACAGGUUUCAAUGAAGGUCUAG